AGCACCGCAGCACGGCAGCACCACAACACGACAGCACCACAGCACGGCAGCACCACAACACGGCAGCACCACACCACAUCAGUACCACGCCACAUCACACGGCAGCACCACAGCACGGCAGCAACACAGCACGGCAGCGCCACAGCACGGCAGCACCGCAGCACGGCAGCACCACAACACGGCAGCACCACACCACGGCAGUACCACACCACGGCAGUACCACAGCACGACAGCACCGCAGCACCACAGCACGGCAGCACCACAGCACGGCAAUAG